UUGCAUUUUGGUUUCUAGUAUCAUACAUCAAACAAAAAACGCUUAGUGUGUGUGCAGCAAACGUCAGCGUUUGGAAGCGUGCGCGGAAUAAAACCUUCGUGACGCGUGUCGGUAGCCCACAUUCGGAUCGUGUCCGUCGUUCGGUACGGUACAGUGAAGCGGAAGAUAUCAAAGUGUUAUUUUGUGUUUCGAACUAGUGGAGAGAAACCGCCACACGUCAUCGUCGUUGUUAUCCGAUCAUGCCGGAAAUAAAAGCGGUUACGAAAAGUAUGCCAAAUGGCAAGGACUUGACGGAAGAAGUCACCGACAACAAUGCCCCAGUGACCCUUUUCGCGGAUCAGCCCGAACGUCUAAAGAAGAUCAACGAACUGCGCAAGUUGAUUCAAAACUACGAUGACUGUAAUCGAAGAACGGACGAUCUUUUCCUGUGCCGUUUUCUGUUCUGUUGCGAUUGGGACGUUGAGGAAGCAUUUGAACGCAUCGUAAAGCUCAUCAAGUUGAAGGAAGCGAACCCGGAAUGGUUCUUUCACAAACCGAUCGCUACGUACAGCGAGCUGUUAAAUCGUAACGUAAAGUUUACACUGGAACGCCGCGAUCGGCGCGGACGGCGCGUGUUUGUGACCCGGCUGGGAGCAAUUGAUUUUUCCAACAUGGCCGUGACGGAUUUGGCCAAUCUGGAUGACAUCUGGUUCGAGCUGAUGCUAAACGAGCUCGAUACGCUCGAAAACGGUGUUACCUGUCUGAUCGAUAUGAGCGGGUACUCGCUCAAGAGUUUCCGCUUUCUGACACCGCACAACAUACGCAUAGGAUCGGCUAAGACGGAUCUAUUGCCGCUGAAGAAUAUCGAGUUCCAUGUGGUUAAUUCGUCGGUGUUUAUGAACGCCGCGAUUGCCAUCCUGUAUCCGAUGCUGAGCAAGAAGAUUAAAGAUCAGGUACGGUUCCACUAUUCCAACUGGGAAUCGUUGCAUCAGUACAUCCCGGCAGACAUUUUGCCACAGGAGUAUGGUGGAACUAGUGGGAAACAGUUCGACUUUCAAACCAUUUACGGGCAGGUGCUUGAUAAACCGAACGAGUUCGAUCGACUACUGGCGUACGGAGUACGAAAGAAUGCCACCGCUGCUGUACCGCCGUCUACUACAACUGCGUCCAAAGUGAAGGGAACUAAAACGAAAGGAAAAUAUAAGGAUGGAGAUAAAAAGAAGCCCGUAACUGCGUGUGCUGUCGAAGAGUAUGUAAAGUGAUAUCGGUGUAGUUCAGCGAUAAGUGCUAGUUGAUAAUAUAUUUUUAAACAGAUAGGAAAUAAAGUGCCCUCGGGUUGGAAAAAUGGAA